CCUGAUAUAGUUGCAAAAACUAAACAUCUUCUUUUAGAGAUAGAACAAGAAAAUAUUCAAAUAAAUGCAGUAGUUACUGACUCUGUUUCAGCAUAUCAAUACAAUAAAGUGGUUUCAAUAGCAAGUUUACAUUAUGAAAUAAAGCAAGCCUGGAGGGCUAAAGAAAUCUCAAAUUCAAAUAUAGAUUUUUACCAAAAUGAUACUUCUAAUUCAGAUAAUCCAAAUAAAAGUAGAAUGAAUGAAAGUCAUAAGAGAAAUGAGUGUUAUGAAGAAUUUGAUAAUUUUAGCGAAAGUGAAACUCAUUAUAAUAUUUCAUCUUACAAGGAUAUGGAUAUAGAUAUCAAAGAUGAUAAAACAGAUGACCAAGUUAAUUCAGAAGAUUUAUAG